CGCAUCCGCAGCCAUUACAGUCAGCAAAAUGGCGGCGUUGCGUCGGCUGAGUUGUUCAGCGAUGAUGCGGCCGCUGUUGCCGGCCCGGUGCAUGUCGUACAAGAGCGACAUCAGCCUGGACAAACUAUACCCCGCGAGCAGCAACGCGCAGUCGCCGCCUCUCGAAGGAGGCGUGCAGAUGAAGGACGUUCAGGUUUACGACCACGACCCGACGAACCCGUACCGGGUAGAGGUUCGCGUGCACUUGGACUCGGCGCAGUGGAUUUCGCAGGAGGCCAAGGACAGACUGCGACUUAUGUGCAAGCCGUUCAUCGACAGCCGCGGGAACUUGGUGCUCGCGUCCGACAAGACUCGGAAGAAGUCCAUCAACGUGGCUGACUGCAUGGACAAGUUGCGCUGCAUGCUGAGCGAAGUGUCGAGACCUCCGCCCGACAACAUCCCAGAGACAAGGUUCACUUUGCGGGCCAAGCACGAAAGGCUGGCCGCAGCUCGCUUGCGCAUUCCCAGAGUCCCCGCAGCAAAGAGCGGCGUUUCUUCGUGAAGCACUUUGUGAAAUAAAAAUAGUUUGUAUAUAGAA